UAAAUCAGCUACAGGGUAGUGCUGCUAGGUUGAGGAUCGCUGCAGAGUGGUUAGCCCUUUUUCCCCCGCCGUACAAAGGUACCUGUACUGCCCUUGACUACUGCAGUAUAGGAAGAGGAAGCCGCUGCCGGCGGAAAGAUGGCACAACAAGCCGGUGCCGGAGGUGGAGGUGGCCUAGAGAUGGUGGCACACAGCGGCGACCUGGAGCUGGAGCUGCCGCCGGUGAACUGGCCGCUACGGCAGGACUCGCUCUACCGCGACGCCACGAAGCCAGCCCACGCCGCCGGCCAUCACCAUGGACGGCAGGAGAGCUGGGCUCGGACGCUGCGGCUGGCAUUCCAGUGCGUGGGCAUCAUGUACGCCGACCUCGGCACGUCGCCGCUCUACGUCUACGCCAACACCUUCAAGUAUGGCGUCAAGCAUGAGGACGACGUCCUCGGCGUGCUGUCCAUCGUCAUCUACAGCUUCGUCCUCUUCACCAUGAUCAAGAUCGUCUUCAUCGCGCUCUACGCCAACGACGAGGGUGAUGGUGGAACGUUUGCUCUGUACUCGUUGAUCUCGCGGUACGCCAAGAUCUGCCUGAUCCCAAAUCAACAGGACGAGGACGAGCUCGUGCUAAGAUACAAGAAUCAAGCAAAGCCGUCAGCGACGCGAAGGAGAGCUCAGUGGAUGAAGAACCUCCUGGAGACGAGCAAGGCAGCAAAGGUUUUGCUCUUCUCCCUUACCAUCCUUGCCACUGCGCUGGCCAUCAGCGACUGCAUGCUAAACCCUCCAAUCUCAGUUCUAGCGGCGGUCAAUGGUCUCAAGUUGAAAGCACCUCAUCGUCUCACAAAAGAUGCUGAGGUAUGGAUCACAGUUGGGAUCCUAGUAGCUCUCUUUUCUGUCCAGCGCUUUGGGACAGACAAAAUUGGCUACACAUUUGCACCAGUCGUUACCGUGUGGCUUAUCCUCAUCGGAGGUAUUGGGAUCUACAACGUCAUCAUGUAUGAUAUUGGUACCUUGAGGGCUUUCAACCCGAAAUAUAUCGUCGACUAUUUUCAGAGGAAUAAAAAGAAAGGAUGGGUCUCAUUGGGUGAAAUUCUACUUUGCGUCACAGGCACAGAAGCUCUUUUUGCUGAUCUCGGGUACUUCAGCAUCAGAUCGAUCCAGCUGAGCUCCACCUUCGGCUUAUUACCAUCAGUAUUGCUCACCUAUAUUGGGCAAGCAGCAUACCUGAGGAAACACAUGGACAUGCCUGACAUAUCUAAUGUUUUCUUCAAUUCGGUUCCAAGCUCUUUGUUUUGGCCAACUUUCAUCCUCGCACUCAUUGCGUCAGUCAUUGGAAGUCAAGCUAUGAUCUCGUGUGCCUUCGCAACCAUGUCACAUUUACAAGCACUUAACUGUUUCCCACGGGUCAAGAUAUUGCGUACAUCAGGGCAUUAUUGGGGCCAAAUGUAUAUCCCUGAAGUAAACAUCUUCCUAUGCAUAUCUGCUUGCCUAGUGACAAUAAGCUUCAAGACAACUGGUUUCAUUGCAAGGGCACAUGAAAUUUGUGUGGUCCUUGUGAUGGUCAUCACAACAUUCUUGAUGACAAUAGUGAUGCUCCUUGUAUGGAAGGUAAACAUUUGGUGGAUUGUCAUCUUCUUCAUGGUCUUCAUGUCCACAGAAUUGGUCUACACAGCUGCAGUUCUAUAUAAGUUCAUCCAUGGGCCUUACCUGUCAUUAGCCAUGUCAGCAGUUCUUAUGACAAUUAUGAUUGUGUGGCACUAUGUGCAUGUGAAGCGUUACAAAUAUGAGCUUGAGCAUACUGUAUCACGUGAUAAGGUGAAGGAUAUCCUUGAGCAUCAGGAUCUAAAGAGGGUUCCAGGUUUUGGGCUCAUCUACACUGAGCUAGUGCAAGGCAUACCACCAAUAUUUCCUCACCUCAUAGAGAAAAUCCCUACCAUUCAUUCAGUGAUUGUCUUCAUCACUGUGAAGCAUUUGCCAAUUCCACAUGUCGAUGUCUCUGAGCGUUUCCUAUUCCGACAAGUAGAACCUAAAGAGCUCAUGGUGUUCCGUUGUGUGGCCCGAUAUGGGUACCUUGACACGCUUGAAAUGGCCACUGAAUUUGUCAAAAUCUUAGUUGAGUACCUCCAAUACUAUAUCAGGGACAUCAACCUCUAUGCAUUAGGUGAUCCAUUGAGGAUUAGCAAUUAUAGCACUCGAAUUGACAGUUUUUCUAGGGAGAAGCCCUCUGGACAUGCUAUCUAUGCCGAAGAAAUGCUUACACCGAUUCAGUCCUUUUCAGAGCUCACAAUGCAUCCAGUUGGUAUGAGCAAUAUCCUAACACAUCUCCAGACAGGAAAACUAAAUGUGGAGGAGAUGAUAAAGAUUGAAGAAGACCAAAACAUGGUCGAACGUGAGGUAGACAAUGGUGUAGUUUAUAUUCUUGGGGAGACUGAAGUUGUAGCCAAGCCGCACUCAAAUCUAUUAAAGAAGAUAAUCGUGAACUAUAUAUAUAGCUUCCUAAGGAAAAAUUCAAGGAAUGGUGAGAAGAUGCUAUCAAUUCCACGCGGCCAACUACUAAAGGUUGGGAUAACAUAUGAGAUAUAGGUCUUAAAUUAAGUAGUUACCAAUGAAAUAUUAUUAUUUGCCAUAUAAAUGUAAGUAUGCUCCAAGCAAUAGUUAUUAAAGAAAUAAGAGCUCAGAUUUGUGUGUGAGACAACUCUA